AUGAUAACGUCUAUGAGGAACCCAGCUGCACGCACAGCGGCCCGUCUUGGCUGCCGCUUCAGCCGUUGUGCCACACAAGCCAGAUUUCUUACGAAAACGAAUCUCCAAAGCGCCACUAUGAUCCCAACCAGUGAAAGCAGAAGACCACAGCCUGCGCCUGCGUUCGACCAAGAACCUGAACCUACGCCGGUUAAAAAGUCUGCUCCAAUGGACGACUCUUUCAUCGGGCUUACUGGAGGAGAGAUUUUCCACGAAAUGAUGUUGCGUCAUAAAGUGGACACGGUGUUUGGCUACGCCGGCGGUGCCAUUUUGCCCGUGUUUGACGCCAUCUACAACAGCGACAAGUUCCGUUUCGUUUUGCCACGCCACGAGCAAGGCGCAGGCCACAUGGCCGAGGGUUACGCUCGAGCCACCGGCAAACCAGGUGUUGUGCUUGUUACAUCGGGCCCAGGAGCCACCAAUGUGGUCACGCCGAUGCAAGACGCCUUGAUGGAUGGUGUUCCAUUGAUUGUCUUCACGGGGCAAGUUCCCACGACGUCUAUCGGUACAGAUGCUUUCCAAGAGGCUGAUGUCGUUGGAAUCUCUAGACCAUGCACGAAAUGGAACGUCAUGGUGAAAAAUGUGGCUGAGUUGCCUCGCCGUAUCAAUGAGGCAUUUGAAAUUGCCACGACCGGCCGUCCAGGACCUGUCCUUGUGGACUUGCCAAAGGAUGUGACCGCAUCUAUCUUGCGUGAGACUAUUCCUGUCAACACCACUUUGCCCUCCAACGCAUUGCUGCAAAUCACAAAGCGCUUCACCACGAAAUUCACUGACGAGGCGAUCGCGCGGGCCGCGGACUUGUUGAACAAAGCACAGCGGCCAAUCAUUUAUGCUGGUGCUGGUAUUCUCAACAGCCCAGACGGACCAGCACUUCUCAAACGCUUGGCAGACAAGGCUGUCGUACCUGUGACCACGACCAUUCAAGGUUUGGGUGCCUUUGACCAACGUGACGAGAAGUCCUUGGACUUUUUGGGCAUGCACGGCUCUGCUGCGGCCAACACAGCCAUCCAGAGGGCAGAUUUAAUUCUCGCAUUGGGCGCUAGAUUCGAUGACCGUGUCACCGGUAACGUCAGCCUUUUCGCUCCAGCAGCCAAAUUGGCUGCCGCCGAAGGCCGUGGUGGUAUUGUCCACUUUGAAAUCAGCCCUAAGAACAUUAACAAGGUUGUGGAAGCAACAGAGGCCAUUGAGGGCGAUGUCGCACGCAACUUGGCAUCUUUCAUUCCUCUCGUGGAGGAAGUCGAAGCCCGUCCAGAGUGGAUGGCCAAGAUUAAAGAAUGGAAAGAGCAGUACCCAUAUGCGUACAUGAAGGAAACACCAGGCCUGAAAAUCAAGCCACAGACAUUGAUCCGCGAGAUUGCCGAACAAUCCCAGAAGUACGGUAAAGAGGUGAUUGUUACUACUGGUGUGGGCCAGCACCAAAUGUGGGCUGCCCAGCAUUUCACAUGGACCCGUCCUCGCACAUUCAUCACUUCUGGAGGCUUGGGAACCAUGGGCUACGGUUUGCCUGCUGCCAUUGGUGCCCAGGUGGGUCGUCCAGAUGCCAUGGUCAUUGACAUUGACGGCGAUGCGCUGUUCAACAUGACUCUUAUGGAGUUGUCAUCUGCCGUACAGGCUGGAGCGCCCGUCAAGAUCUGCGUGUUGAACAAUGAGGAACAAGGUAUGGUGACUCAGUGGCAGUCGCUUUUCUACGAGCACAGAUAUGCCCACACACACCAGGCCAACCCAGACUUCAUCAAGUUGGCUGAGGCUAUGGGUGUUCAAGGUGUGCGUGUAACGAAACAGGAGGAGAUGGCUGACGGCAUCAAGGCUUUCUUGGACGCCAAAGGUCCAGUGUUGAUGGAGGUGUUUGUGGAGAAGAAGGUGCCAGUGUUGCCUAUGGUGCCUGGUGGAAAAGCUUUGGAUGACUUUAUCAUUUUUGACGAGGAGGUCGAGCGCCAGGAAAAGGUUUUGCGUAACCAGCGCACGGGCGGAAAGCACUGA